GGGAAUGGGAGGCUCAGGCAAGACAGCAAUUGCCAAGAAGCUCUACAACGAGACGACCGACUUUGAUCUGUCGGCGUGGGUUUGCAUUACUCAGCAAUGUGAGAGUCGAUCAGUUUGGGAGGAUGUUCUGAGGCAACUAGAGAAGAAGAAGGGUGUUUCAAGCCUGAACGAUGAGCCAAGAAUAAGGGAGGAUCCGAAUCUGAUCAACUCAGAGUUGAUAGAGAGACUAUGUGAGAUACAAAGAGAGAAGCGAUGUCUCAUUGUUUUGGAUGAUGUUUGGGAAAUUUCUCAUUGGGAGGAGUUGAAGCAUCCAUUCGUUGUCCAAAAUUUGCAGAGCAAAAUAUUGGUGACAACACGGAAACAAAAGGUUGCAGAGAUUGGAUUGGCAGUGAAACAUGGGCUUUUACAUACGGAUGCUGCUUUGGAACUACUCAAAAACAAAGCAUUUCAGCAUGGAAACAUUCCAGACUUUGCUUUGGAAGAAAGAUUUGAAAAAAUUGGGAAAGAAAUGGUACAAAAAUGUGGUUAUUUGCCAUUGGCAAUUUCUUUACUCGGUGGGGUCUUGAGAGAGAAAAAAUCGAUUGUUGAGUGGGAAUCAGUAAAUGAGCACAUCAAAGCAGCCAUAUAUGGAGUUGAAGAGCAGCAGAUUGAUGAAGUGCUAAAUUUAAGCUAUGAAAGUUUACCAUAUUAUUUGAAGCCUUGCUUUCUCUAUAUGGGUAUAUUUGAUGAGGAUGAAACCAUAGAUGCUUUUAAUCUAUAUAGAAUGUGGAUAGCACAAGGCAUGAUUUCAUAUGAGAAUAUUGGAGACAAGGAGGACACUUUAAUGGACAUUGCUGAGAAGUAUUUAAGUGAGUUAGCCUCCAGGUCCAUUGUUCAAGUUGAAAUUAAUCUUUAUUAUGGUGUCGGACAUAAAAAAUAUGGUAAAUGCAAACUUCAUGAUGUAGUACGAGAACUAUGUUUGAAAUUGGGAAGAAGUGAGGAUUUUGGUGUGCUGAGUUUGGAGUGUAAAGGUGGGAAACUUAGUACCUUACUACGGGAAGCUUCGUCGCAUAUGAAGAUACAACAUCUGGCAAUCGAUUUCAGAAGUGAAGUCGAGCAUGAGCAUAUAGUUGCCUGUGGAGAAGAUACUAGGGAGCAUAUAAGGUCUGUUCGAUUAUUCAAUCUCAAAGGAUCGAAUGUUGUUGAGUUCUCCCCACAAAAUAUAGUUGAUUUUCAGAAAUUCAAAUUGGUAAGAGAUCUAUGUUUUUUUAGAUUCAAAUUUGCUGGAGGAAAGUUACCGAGAGGAAUCACUAAACUUGUUCACCUUAGACGUUUGCGUUUACAAAGAUGUGAACUUGAUAAGCUACCCUCUUCCAUGAAGAAUUUGGUGUAUAUGGAUACCCUUGAUUUAAUAGGUUCGAUGAAUGUUAAAGUUCCAAAUGUUUUUAAGGAGAUGCUGCGAUUAAAACACUUGAUUCUUCCUUUCUAUGGAAAUGAAAACAUUAGAAAUUAUCGACUAAGAUUGGAUGAGGGAGUAUAUGAGUUGGAGACUCUACUAUUCUUUGAUAGCAGAUGCCAUGAAAUUAAAUGUAUGGACAGAAUGAAGAAUCUUCGAUAUUUUAAAGCAAAAAUAUAUGAUAAUGAAAGCUUGUCAGCUAUCAUGAAUGACAUUAUGAACUUGAACAAGAUACAGGAUUGUCAAGUAACCAUUCAAGGAAGUUGCGACUUAACAUGUGAGGGAAUGCUGGAGAAGGCUUUGACAUGUCAUAAUCUUUAUGAUUUGAAUAUUGUAUCUAAAUCCGUGAAGGCGCUAGCAAAGUGCGAGAGUGAUUUGUUGAGCUCCAAACUUAAGUGUUUGAAUCUGUUUCGUUGUGUGAUUGAGGAUGAUCCAAUGGGGAUACCGGGGAAGCUUCCUUGCUUGAUAAUAUUGCGAUUUUAUCCAGAAUCAUUUGUUGGGGAGGAGAUGAGGUGUUCAGCAAACAGUUUUCUUCGGCUCAAGAAGCUAGAAUUAAUAGGUUUACCAAAGUGGAGGGAGUGGAGAGUGGAGGCAGGAGCCAUGCCCCUUCUCUUUCAAUUAACAAUCGUAGACUGUUCUUGUCUGGAGAUACUUCCAGAGGGAUUGACUGCCCUUUCUACCCUUCAGACUCUCGUAAUUAAUAAAAUGCCGGAAUUGAGCAAAAGGGUAUCACCAGCAGGACAGGAUUUCCACAAAGUCCGCCAUGUCCCACAAUUCGUAUCUAUGACUAGUCUUCACCCAGGUUGAGCAUUGAUCCUUUGGAGAAUAACUGAUUAUUACUACCACUUUUGGUGCUCAAUGAAAACAGCAUCUUACCUUUCUCUAAAGGGUUACGUUUCUCCUCCUUCGAGCUUCAAUCUUGUUGUUGAAUAUGAUAUUAUAUAUGAAUGAUGUUGUGUUUGAUUGACUAUGAUGGUGUGCAAUAAUUCAAAUGUUGAAAGUGUGAAGUAUUGUAUAAUUGUGUGUGGGUUGAAUUUGGUUUGUAUUGAAUAAGAAUUGCUCGAUGAAGCUUUGUUCAGUAUUGUAAAAUUGUGUGUGGGUUGAAUUUGGUUUGUAUUGAAUUGAUGUAUUAAGCUUUGUUCAUUAUUGUAAACUAAUUGUGUGUGUGGAUUGAA